AUGGCCGGGCGGCGCUGGGCCGGCCCGUGCGCGGCUCUGACCGUGCUCCUGGCAGCCUGCUCCCUGCCCCGAGGAGGCAGCGCCGGGCGGCUCUUCCUCAACGAGUGGGCAGCGGAGAUCCCGGCCGGCCCCGACGCUGCCAGAGCCAUCGCGGACGAGCUGGACUACGACCUGGUGGGGCAGAUUGGAUCACUGAAAAACCACUACUUAUUCAGACAUAAGAGUCACCCAAGACGGUCCCGAAGAAGUGCUAUUCAUAUCACUAAGAGACUUUCUGAUGAUGAGCGGGUGUCAUGGGCAGAGCAGCAGUAUGAAAAAAAGCGAACUAAGCGUGCUGCCAUGAGAGACUCAGCAGAAAGCCUUUUCAACGACCCUAUGUGGAACCAGCAGUGGUAUCUGCAAGAUACAAGAAUUACUCCAUCCCUGCCCAAACUGGAUCUCCACGUUAUUCCUGUGUGGCAGAAAGGAUUCACAGGCAAGGGAGUUGUCAUCACAGUCCUAGACGAUGGAUUGGAGUGGAAUCACACUGACAUCUAUGCUAACUAUGACCCAAAGGCAAGUUACGAUUUCAACGACAAUGACCAUGACCCCUUUCCUAGAUAUGACCCAACAAAUGAAAACAAGCAUGGGACACGGUGUGCAGGAGAAAUUGCCAUGCAAGCCAACAACAGAAAAUGCGGGGUUGGAGUGGCCUACAAUUCCAGGGUUGGAGGUAUACGAAUGCUGGAUGGAAUAGUCACCGAUGCUAUUGAGGCCAGUUCAAUCGGUUUCAACCCAGAACAUGUGGAUAUUUACAGUGCAAGCUGGGGCCCUAAUGAUGAUGGCAAAACUGUGGAGGGACCUGGGAGACUGGCACAGAAAGCUUUCGAGUAUGGGAUAAACCAGGGUCGAAAUGGGAAAGGCUCCAUUUUCGUGUGGGCUUCAGGGAACGGAGGUCGUCAGGGUGACAACUGCGACUGCGAUGGUUACACUGAUAGCAUCUACACCAUCUCCAUUAGCAGCGCUUCUCAGCAAGGGCUUUCUCCCUGGUAUGCAGAGAAGUGCUCUUCAACUCUGGCCACAGCAUACAGCAGCGGGGAUUAUACUGACCAAAGAAUUACAAGUGUUGAUCUUCACAAUGAAUGCACAGAAACUCACACAGGCACCUCUGCAUCUGCACCUUUGGCAGCAGGAAUUUUUGCUCUGGCACUGGAAGCAAACCCAGAUCUAACAUGGAGGGAUAUGCAGCACUUGGUAGUGUGGACCUCAGAAUAUGAUCCACUGGCUGGAAAUCCAGGAUGGAAAAAAAAUGGAGCGGGACUGAUGGUCAACAGCCGAUUUGGGUUUGGGCUACUCAAUGCCAAUGCCUUGGUGGAUUUAGCUGAUCCCAAGAGGUGGAAAAGUGUACCAGAAAAGAGAGAGUGUAUUGUCAAAGACAAGAGCUUUGAACCCAGAUUAUUAAGAGCAAAUGAAGAAGUCAUUAUUGAAAUUCCCACAAAAGCCUGUGAGGGUCAAGAGAACUCUAUUGCAUCUCUGGAGCACGUGCAGCUCGAGGCAACAAUUGAGUAUUCCCGCAGAGGUGAUCUGCAUGUCACUCUGGUUUCUCCAUCAGGGACCAGCACUGUCUUACUGGCUGAGAGAGAGAGGGACAAAUCUCCCAAUGGCUUCAAGAACUGGGACUUCAUGUCUGUCCACACCUGGGGGGAAAAUCCAGCAGGCACCUGGAUUUUGAGAAUUACUGAUAUGUCCAGACGAAUACAAAAUGAGGGGAGGAUUGUAAACUGGAAAUUGAUUUUGCAUGGCACUGCUACCCAGCCUGAGCACAUGAAGCAGCCACGUGUGUAUACAUCCUACAAUGCUGUGCAGAAUGACAGAAGGGGAGUGGAGAAGAUGACGGAUCUUGUAGAGGAUCAUACUACACUGGAGAGCCUGAGUGAAAAACCCAAGGCCACAGAAGAAACCAGCAGCAGCAGUGACAAAGCAGAAGAUAAAAUCCCAUCAGAAGCCAUGCUGCAUUUACUGCAAAGUGCUUUUAGCAGACAGAUGGAUCAGAAGCAGCUGCCAAAGAAGACUGCAAGUGAGAAGUUAAACAUUCCCUACGAACACUUCUAUCAAGCCCUCAAAAAAUUGAACAAGCCCUCCCAGUUAAGAGGCUCAGAAGAAAGUCUGUACAGUGACUACGUUGAUCUUUUUUACAAUGCCAAACCUUACAAGCAUAGAGAUGAUAGACUGCUGCAAGCGUUGGUCGAUAUCAUAAAUGAAGGAAAUUAACUGUAGGGUAUGGCACUGAGUUGGAAAUAUUCGUUCUCCCCACCUGUAGUUUUUUUUUCCAAAGUCUGUGUAUGCUCUAGUCGUGUGAUUGCUGCUUUGAUUGCUUCAUAUUUAAUGCAAAUAUCAAGGAAGGGAAAAAACAGGUGUGAGGGGAUAAGACAGGAAAAUAACACUUUUUAGUAUUAUCUUUUUUCAAAACCUUUCUUCAGAGUAGAUUUGCCCCCUCAGGCAUGAAAUGCAAUAGUACUCCCCUGAAAACCCUAAUACUCUAUUUUAAACAAUUUUCACAAUUCUUAUUCUUCCACCCUCUUCACUUAAGCAUGCAGUAGGAUUCAAAACCUGAAUUACCAAGCAGUUUUGAACCAAACUGCCAAAGCUAUGGGGAUAUAUUCUCAUCCAUGGAUUUGUCAUGAAUAUUGCAGUCUUUGUUAUAUUUGUCAUUUAUUCCGAUUUAAUACUUGCAGCCAGUACUGCUUCCAUCAUAGGUGUUUUGUUCCUCCUCCAAACAAUGCUCCCUUGCCCUUCUGUUCUCCUGUAGAGGAACAUCUGGGAGGCUGGGGUUGGACUGGGGCAUCAGUGAACACUGAUGAAGUUAUUCACAAUUUAGACUACAGACAGAAACGCACUAACAAAAAAGAGCCCCCACUGAGGUAUUCCAGACCAUGGGAUGGCAUUCUCUCCAGCAGACUUGGAACUUUACCCAAGUGAAGUGCCUGAAUUAUGAGCCUGGUCUUUCUAGGCCGUUUGUGUUUAAUGAGGACAGAGUCUCACUUCAGAGCACUUGGCUUUCUUUUCACAAGUUAUGAAUCACCUGAUGGAGUACUGAUCUGUUUGUGUCAAUUUCAUGAGCUUUGGGCUCCAACCUCCUACCUGUUGAGCCUCAGUCAGGUCUCCAAAGUAGUACCAAGCUGCCUUCUGAGAUGUCCACAUCUGCAAGUAGCCAGGCUAAGUGGAACAGUGAGGCUAGAUGUUGCAGAAAAGUCUACUGUAAAAUUCCCAAAAACAUCUAGGAAAACAAGGCAAAAUUGUCUGAGAUUAAAAAAAAAAAGUAGUACCCUGAGAAGGGUGAGCAUGGAAUGUGGAGUGGGAGGAAGAGGCUGAGGCAGAGGUGGCUGUCAGAAAGCAACUAGGGUGAGCAACCCCCUAACAUUAGCAGCUUUCCACACAUACCUUUUUAACAAGAGUCAAAAUUAUAUUUUUGCUUCUAAUAAUUGAAAAAAAAAAAAAAAAAGCCAUGUUGGAUGUUAAGAAAAGCUAGGGGAUCUAGAACAAGGAAAUGAAGAUUCCCAGGGGAUAGUUAUCUCAUUGAAGUGCUAAAGAAAACCCAAAAAAGUGCUGACUGCUUUUGACUUUUCUUCCUCUUGCCUACUAUUGAAAUGUGUUUUUGCAGACUCUCUAGAAAUAUUUGAUUAGAUUCUUUUUCACUGUCUAUUCCUUAAAAUUAUGCAAGUGUCUCUAAGACAGGAAUUUUACAUUUUGCUCAUAAUCCAUAAGUUCAAAUGAAAGUUUUUCAAACUUCACACUAAAUCCUGUAAUUUAAAGGUAAACCUAUUUACUGUAA